AUGUCUACAGCGGCCGCUCAGGCAGUCGCUCUGAAGGAUGAAGGAAACAAAGCUUUUGCUGCACACGACUGGCCUAAGGCGGUGGAAUACUAUUCUAAGGCUAUCGACCUGGACAACAAAGUACCAGCCUACUAUUCGAAUCGAGCACAGGCGCACAUCAGGUCAGAAGCUUAUGGGUACGCGAUAGCAGACGCAACCAAGGCGAUUGAACUGGAUCCUAAUUUCGCAUACUACAGAAGAGGUGUAGCCUAUGCUGCCAUUCUUAGACCCACGGACGCACAGAAGGACCUCCAAGUUGUCGUCAGGAAGGCACCAAACGACAAAGACGCGAAAUUGAAGCUCGCAGAAUGUGCGAGAAUUGUCAAGCGAAAUGCCUUUGAAAAAGCCAUCGAAAUCGGAGAUGAGCCGUCUGCAGCAGAAGGGUUAGACAUUGACUCUAUGUCAAUUGACUCGGCAUAUGAUGGGGUAAAGUUGGAGAAGGAGAUGACGCAAGAAUUCAUCGACGAUAUGAUUGACCGUUUCAAGAACGGCAAGAAGAUACACAAGAAAUACGUUUACCAGAUCAUUAUUGCAGUGAAGAAGAUUGUCUACCAGGAAGCUACAAUGGUAGAAAUGAAGAUACCAGAUGACGCAACUAUGACCGUCUGUGGAGACACACAUGGCCAAUACUUCGAUUUACUCGAGCUUUUCAGGCUGAACGGAUUUCCCACAGAGAAGCACUAUUACCUCUUUAACGGUGAUUUCGUCGAUAGAGGAUCGUGGUCUACAGAAAUCGCUCUUCUUCUUUAUGCUUACAAGUGGCUUCGUCCUGGUUCAUUCUUCAUUAACCGCGGAAAUCAUGAGACAGACGACAUGAACCGUGCAUAUGGAUUCGAAGGAGAAUGCAAGGCCAAGUACAACGAUCGGGUCUUCAAACUCUUCUCGGAGAGUUUCUCUGCUUUGCCAUUAGCAACACUCAUUGGUGAGAAAUACCUGGUACUCCAUGGUGGUCUCUUCUCGGAUGACAAGGUCACGUUGGAUGAUAUUCGCAAACUGAACAGACAUAAUCAACGCCAGCCUGGUCAAUCUGGUCUGAUGAUGGAAAUGCUCUGGACCGACCCGCAAACCGAACCUGGAAGAGGACCAAGCAAGAGAGGUGUUGGUAUGCAAUUUGGUCCGGAUGUGACGAAGAGAUUCUGUGACAAUAACGGCUUGGAUGCAAUUAUUCGUAGUCACGAAGUGAGGAUGGAAGGUUAUGAGGAGGAACAUAAUGGAAAGUGUAUUACGGUUUUCUCCGCUCCUAGAUAUUGUGAUAGCACCGAGAACAAGGGUGCUUACAUCAAUAUCGGUCCAAGUUACAAGCUUGAGUUCCACAAGUUUGAUGCCGUACCACAUCCUAACAUUAAGCCAAUGGCUUAUGCACAAAACAGCCUUAUGUCUAUGACAUAG